CCUACCUUACGUGCCCGGCGGGCUGGUGGGGCGCCAACUGCACGCAGCCGUGCCGCUGCGCCGCCGCCGCCGCCUGCCGCCCCAACGACGGCUACUGCCGCUGCCCGCCCGGCUACACCGGCGCCUACUGCACGCAGUGUGAGUCUACCCUACCUUACGUGCCCGGCGGGCUGGUGGGGCGCCAACUGCACGCAGCCGUGCCGCUGCGCCGCCGCCGCCGCCUGCCGCCCCAACGACGGCUACUGCCGCUGCCCGCCCGGCUACACCGGCGCCUACUGCACGCAGUGUGAGUCUACCCUACCUUACGUGCCCGGCGGGCUGGUGGGGCGCCAACUGCACGCAGCCGUGCCGCUGCGCCGCCGCCGCCGCCUGUCGCCCCAACGACGUGUGAGUCUACCCUACCUUACGUGCCCGGCGGGCUGGUGGGGCGCCAACUGCACGCAGCCGUGCCGCUGCGCCGCCGCCGCCGCCUGCCGCCCCAACGACGGCUACUGCCGCUGCCCGCCCGGCUACACCGGCGCCUACUGCACGCAGUGUGAGUCUACCCUACCUUACGUGCCCGGCGGGCUGGUGGGGCGCCAACUGCACGCAGCCGUGCCGCUGCGCCGCCGCCGCCGCCUGUCGCCCCAACGACGGCUACUGCCGCUGCCCGCCCGGCUACACCGGCGCCUACUGCACGCAGUGUGA